AUGGCUAUCAUCGAAGAGUUCGGCUUAGAAGUCAAGGUCAAGGUCAACGGCUCUGUGGCCGCUGAGUACCCAGACGAAGAGCCUGAUAUUGACGGCGAUGCCUGGGGCCCGGCCACCAAGAUUUCCUAUCACUAUGUCGAGUCCAUCGACAAUGCCGAGUUCGCCAUCCAUGUCGGGGUCCCCUCGGGAAGCAACGCUGGGCAGAAGUGGAUCCGUCACUCACGGAAGCACGCCCUUACAUUCUGGCUGGCAUUCGAUGGCGGCCGUGAUGCAGCGAGAAAAACGAUUCACCAACGCUCCAACUCAUUUCUGUUGGAAGGCGUCCACAAUUGGGCACGCACAACCAUGCGCAAGUUCCGUUUUGCUCCUGUGUCUACUGUUGACGAUGACGACAAGACUCGUGUUGCUACGGAUAUGAAAGUCGCCCAGGAUCUCGGACUCAUUCGGGUCUCCGUCUAUCGUACCAUUAUCGAAAACGAAAUUAAGACGCGUAGCUCUCCACACCCUGUUCCAAACCUCGCAGCGGACACAAUAUGCUUAGCAGAGAAAGCUGUUAAAGGCAAAGCGGUGUCCCAUGGAACAGCAUUGUCUGCCCCGAUUGGACUUACCAAAAAGCGGCUUCACUCGAUUAAAUACAUAGAUCAGUGCGCCUCUCCACUCGCUGUCUUCUACUUCAAGUAUCGAUCGAAAGAGGCGCUCCAGCAGCAACUGGUCAUCAGACGCCCAAGGAGUCUCUCCAUGGAGUCCGACAUGGGGAACCUUUCACCUGAUGAAAUCCGCCGCCUGGCACGCGAGAGGCUGUCACAGAUUAGGCGCGGCAAAAAACGAGCUGCGACAGUCAAGAAUGAGGACGAUGCUGAAGUCCCUCAGUCUGAGAAGCCUUUCAAGUUUGUUAGGAUCGAGGGUGGGAAGAAGGCCAUCGACUUGACAGAGGACGAUUAA